AGGCACAUUGCUACUCAACACCUGCUUUCUUUGAGGAAAAGAUUAAAGAAGAAACAAAGUCACAGAAAAAUCUUUCCAGAAGUGCUCAGGGAAUAGUCAUGGAGGAGUUCUGCAACUCUACUUUUUGGAAUUCCUCAUUCCUGGAUAGACCAGAAGCGGACCUGCCACUAUGCUUUGAACAAACUGUUCUUGUGUGGAUUCCCUUGGGCUUUCUUUGGCUUUUGGCCCCUUGGCAGCUUUUCCAUGUUUAUAGAUCCAGAACCAAGAGAUCUUCUAUAACUAAAUUCUACCUUGCUAAGCAGGUGCUCGUUGGGUUUCUUCUUAUUUUAGCAGCCAUAGACUUGUCCCUUGCACUCACAGAAGACACUGGACAAGCCACAAUACCUCCUAUUAGAUACACUAAUCCAAUCCUCUACCUAUGCACAUGGCUCCUGGUUUUGGUGAUCCAGCACAGCAGGCAAUGGUGUCUGCAGAAGAACUCUUGGUUCCUGACUCUAUUCUGGAUUCUCUCAAUACUCUGUGGCACUUUCCAGUUUCAGACUCUGAUUCGGGCACUCCUACAGGACAGCAAGUCUAAUCUGGCCUAUUCCUGUCUGUUCUUCAUCUCUUAUGGAUUCCAGAUCCUCAUCCUGAUCCUUUCAGCCUUUUCAGAAAGAAGUGGCUCAUCAAAUAAUCCAUCAUCCACGGCUUCAUUUCUGAGUAGCAUUACCUAUAGUUGGUAUGACAGCGUUGUUCUGAAAGGUUACAAGCAACCACUGACAAUAGAAGAUAUCUGGGAUGUUGAUGAAGGGCUUAAAACAGAGAUAGUAGUGAGCAAAUUUGAAGUUUUCAUGGCAAAAGACCUGCAGAAAGCCAAGCGUGCUCUUGAGAAACGGCGGCAGAAGAAAGCCCAGCAGAACCCAGAAGCCACACUACAUGGUUUGAACAAGAGCCAGAGUCAAAGUCAAGAUGUUCUUGUCCUGGAAGAAGCUAAGAAGAAGAAAAAGAAGUCUGGAACCAAGGAAGACUUUCCCAAAUCCUGGUUGGUCAAGGCCCUCUUCAAAACUUUCUACAUGGUGCUCCUGAAGUCGUUCAUACUGAAAUUAGUGCAUGAUAUCCUCUUGUUUCUGAAUCCUCAGCUGCUUAAAGUUCUCAUUGCCUUUGUAAGCAACUCGGACACAUAUGAGUGGGCUGGAUAUAUCUUUGCGAUUAUCAUGUUUGCUGUGAGUCUUAUCCAAUCUUUCUGCCUUCAAUAUUAUUUUCAAUUGUGCUUCAUAUUGGGAAUGACUGUACGGACAACCGUCAUGGCUUCUGUAUAUAAGAAGGCACUGACCCUCUCUAACUUGGCCAGGAGGCAGUACACCAUUGGAGAAACAGUGAACCUGAUGUCUGUGGAUGCCCAGAAGCUAAUGAAUGUAACCAACUUCAUGCACUUGGUGUGGUCAAGUGUUAUACAGAUUGUCUUAUCCAUCUACUUCCUAUGGAGAGAGUUGGGACCUUCAGUCUUAGCAGGUGUUGGGAUGAUGGUUCUCCUAGUCCCAGUUAAUGGAGUACUGGCCACCAAAAACAAGAAUAUUCAGUUCAAAAAUAUGAAGUAUAAAGACAGACGUUUAAAAAUCAUGAAUGAGAUUCUCAAUGGAAUUAAGAUCCUGAAAUAUUUUGCCUGGGAACCUUCAUUCAAAGACCAAGUCCAAAACCUUCGGAAGAAAGAGCUCAAGAACUUGCUGGUAUAUGGCCAGCUGCAGACUGUGAUUACAUUCAUCUUACAGUUAACUCCAGUCCUGGUGUCUGUGAUCACAUUUUCUGUUUAUGUCCUGGUGGAUAGCAACAAUAUUUUGGAUGCAGAAAAGGCUUUCACCUCCAUAACCCUCUUCAAUAUCUUACGUUUUCCCCUCGGCAUGCUUCCCAUGGUGAUCUCUGCCAUGCUCCAGGCCAGUGUUUCCAUAGACCGCCUGGAGAAGUAUUUGGGAGGGGAUGACUUGGACACAUCUGCCAUUCGCCAUGUCUGCAGUUUUGAUAAAGCUGUGCAGUUUUCUGAGGCCUCUUUUACCUGGGACCAAGACUUGGAAGCCACAAUCCAAGAUGUCAACCUGGACAUAAUGCCAGGCCAGUUGGUAGCUGUAGUGGGCACUGUGGGCUCUGGGAAAUCCUCUUUGAUAUCAGCCAUGCUGGGAGAAAUGGAAAAUGUCCGUGGGCACAUCACCAUCAAGGGUACCACAGCCUAUGUCCCUCAACAGUCCUGGAUUCAGAAUGGGACCAUAAAAGACAAUAUCCUUUUUGGAUCAGAAUUGAAUGAAGAGAAGUACCAGCAAGUUCUUGAGGCUUGUGCUCUUCUCCCAGACUUGGAAAUGUUGCCUGGAGGAGACUUGGCUGAGAUUGGAGAGAAGGGUAUAAAUCUCAGUGGUGGUCAAAAGCAGCGAGUCAGCCUGGCCAGAGCUGUCUAUCAAAACUCAGACAUCUAUAUUCUAGAUGACCCUCUGUCAGCUGUGGAUGCUCAUGUAGGAAAACACAUUUUCAAUAAGGUCGUGGGCCCCAAUGGCCUGUUGAAAGGCAAGACUCGAAUCUUGGUUACACAUGGCAUUCACUUUCUUCCCCAAGUGGAUGAGAUUGUUGUUCUAGAGAAUGGCAGCAUCUUAGAGAAAGGAUCCUAUCAUGAUCUGAUGGCCAAGAAAGGAGUGUUUGCUAAGAAUCUGAAGACAUACAUGAAACGUUCAAGUCCUGAAGGAGAGGCCACAGUCAAUGACGACAGUGAGGAAGAAGAUGACUGUGGGUUGAUACCAACUGUGGAGGAAAUCCCUGAGGAUGCAGCUUCUUUGACUAUGAAAAGAGAGAAUAGCCUUCACAGAACACUGAGCCGCAGUUCUAGGUCCAGUAGCAGGCAUGUGAAGUCCCUGAAAAACUCCUUGAAAAUUAAGAAUGUGAAUACUUUGAAGGAGAAGGAAGAACCAGUAAAAGGACAAAAACUGAUUAAGAAGGAAUUCAUGGAAACCGGAAAGGUGAAGUUCUCCAUCUACCUGAAAUAUCUACAAGCAGUAGGAUGGUGUUCGAUAUUCUUCAUUAUCCUUGCCACCAUGAUGAAUUCGGUUGCUUUUAUUGGAUCCAACCUCUGGCUGAGUGCUUGGACCAGUGACUCUCAAGUCUUCAAUGGAAGCACCUAUCCAGUUUCUCAGAGGGAUAUGAGAAUUGGGGUCUUUGGAGCUCUGGGAUUGGCACAAGGUUUAUUUGUGUUUAUUGCAACUCUCUGGAGCACAUAUGCUUGCACCCAUGCAUCAAAAACUUUGCACAGGCAACUGCUAAACAACAUCCUUCGGGCACCCAUGAGUUUUUUUGACACAACUCCCACAGGCCGGAUUGUGAACAGGUUUGCUGGUGAUAUUUCCACUGUGGAUGACAUGCUCCCUCAGUCCUUGCGAAGCUGGCUUAUGUGUUUAUUUGGCAUAAUUAGCACUCUCGUGAUAAUCUGCUUGGCCACCCCUGUCUUUGCCAUCAUCAUCAUUCCCCUUGGCAUUAUUUAUGUGUCUGUUCAGGUGUUUUAUAUGGCUACUUCCCGCCAGCUGAGACGUUUGGAUUCUGUCACCAGGUCCCCAAUCUACUCUCACUUCAGUGAGACUGUUUCAGGGUUGCCUGUUAUCCGUGCCUUUGAGCAACAGCAGCGAUUUUUAGCACUCAGUCAUCUGGGGAUUGACACCAAUCAGAAAUGUGUCUUUUCCUGGAUUUUCUCCAACAGGUGGCUUGCAAUUCGCCUGGAACUGGUUGGAAACCUGGUUAUCUUCUGUUCAGCCUUGCUUCUGGUUAUUUAUAAAAAUACCCUAAGUGGGGACAUGGUGGGCUUUGUUCUGUCCAAUGCCCUCAAUAUCACACAAACCCUGAACUGGCUAGUGAGGAUGACUUCAGAAACAGAAACCAACAUUGUGGCUGUUGAGCGAAUAAAUGAAUACAUAAAUGUGAAAAAUGAGGCACCCUGGGUGACUGAUAAGAGGCCUCCAUCAAAUUGGCCAAGCAAAGGUGAGAUCCAGUUUAACAACUAUCAAGUACGGUACCGACCUGAGCUGGAUCUGGUACUAAAAGGGAUCACUUGUGACAUCAAGAGCUCUGAGAAGAUUGGUGUGGUGGGCAGAACUGGAGCUGGGAAGUCAUCCCUGACAAACUGCCUCUUUAGAAUCUUGGAGUCUGCAGGUGGCCAGAUCAUCAUUGAUGGAGUAGAUAUUGCUUCCAUUGGUCUACAUGACCUUCGAGGGAAACUGACCAUCAUUCCCCAGGACCCCAUCCUGUUCUCUGGAAGUCUGAGGAUGAAUCUAGACCCUUUCAACAACCACUCAGAUGAGGAGAUUUGGAAAGCCCUGGAAUUGGCUCAUCUCAAAUCCUUCGUGGCUGGCCUGCAACUUGGGUUGUCCUAUGAAGUGACAGAGGGUGGUGACAACCUGAGCAUAGGGCAGAGGCAGCUCCUGUGCCUGGGCAGGGCUGUGCUUCGGAAAUCCAAAAUUCUGGUCCUGGAUGAGGCCACGGCUGCAGUGGACCUAGAGACAGAUCACCUUAUCCAGACGACCAUCCGAAAUGAGUUCUCCCACUGCACAGUCAUCACUAUUGCCCACAGGCUACACACCAUCAUGGACAGUGACAAGAUAAUGGUCCUGGACAAUGGGAAGAUCGUAGAGUAUGGCAGUCCUGGAGAACUGCUGUCAAACUCAGGCCCCUUUUAUUUUAUGGCCAAGGAAGCUGGCAUUGAGAAUGCAAAUGUGAACACAGAACUCUAGCAGCAAGUUCCAUGGGUUAGAGAAGGACUGUAAGAAUCAUUCAUUAUUUACUUUAAAAAAAUAACUAUAUCAGGUACAAUUACACACACACACACACACACACACACACUUACGUGUCUGUGUGUGUGUGUGUGUGUUUGUUUAAUGUAUAUUUUCCACGUUACCCAGACUGACCUCAAACUCUCAGGCUCAAGCAAUCAUCCCAUUUCAGCCUCCCCUCAAAAUACACAUUUUAAAGAAGAAUGAUAUGAAUGCCCGUGUACCCACUACUCUAGACUAAGAAAAUGAAUAUUACCAGGUACCUUAGAAAAUCCUCAGUUGGGCUGGGGAGAUGGCUCAUUCAGUAAAGCACCUGCCUUGAAAGCAUGACGAGUUGAAUUUGAUUCCCAGAACCCAUGUUAAAAAAGAACAAGCUAGGGAUGGUGGUAUAUGUUUAUGAUUUAUUGGGGAGGCAGAGACAGGGAGAUACCUGGGGCUCCCUGGCUAGCUAGCCUAGCCUACUUGGCAAACUCCAGGCCACCAGUGAGAGACUGUCUCAAAAACAAGGUGCACAGUGCCUAAGGAAUAACACCCAAGAUUGACUUCUCACCUACACACACACACAUACAAAUAUACACAAAUACACACACAUGUAUACACAUACACAUAUGUACCUCCUACACAAACAUGCACAUACACAGAUAAAAGACAGAAAACCUUCAGUUGCUCUGUCUUGAUCAUAACUCCUUGCUACCCUCUACUCCAGACAUUACUGUUACCCUAAAUGUCAUAAUUCCUUUGCCUGCCAAUUCAUUUUUACCACCUUUUGUGUUUAAGCAAUGUAUGCCAUUUUGUCUUAAUGUAAAUGGACUUGUAUUACAUGUAUUCUAUGACUUCAUUCUUUUGUUCAAUAAUAUACUUGAGAUUAAUCCACACUAAUGUAAAUAGUGACAUUCAUUCGUUUCACUGCUCUUUGUUAACACAGCAUGGUGUGAACAUAUCACAGUUUAUCCAUUUAAAUACUGGUAAGCAUUAGGGUUAUUUCCAGGGACUUUUCCUUUUCUAUUAUGAACAUUGUUUUUAUGAACAUUCUGAUUCACAUCUCCUGGGAUACAUGUAUUUGAAUUUCUCUGGUCUAAUUCUAACAUUGAAGGUAUAAACAUGCUUACAUGCACCUUUGAUAGUACCAGACCAGGAGUGCCAAUGUAAAUAUGAAUGAAUUAAUAUCACAUUUAGGGUUUUAAUCUGCAUUUCCCUGGUGUCUGUGGAAAUUUAAUACCUUUUCAUGUUUCUGGGACAUUUGAGUUUAUUGUAUAGUUUUCUAAAUGUUGUCAUAGUUUCAA